CGGAACAAAUGACGUAUAACUCGAUUAAUUUAGGUCAAAAUAGGUCAAAUUCUUGACAUUUAGCACCCCUCAAAUCCAAAUAUUGACCUUUCGCUGAGAAUUUGUUCUGAGUAAAAUGUAAAUUUGUUGCUCAACUUUAUUUUAUUAAUAAUAUCAUAAAUUCUACGACUAAUAAGCCAUUAGGUGACUUAAAUUUAAAUAUGUCAGACCAGUUGCUAAAAGACUUAAUUAGCGCUCUGAACGAAAUGCUACAAUGCAGCAUAUGUUUUGACGAGUUGACGGAUCCGCGCCAGCUCCAAUGCGGCCAUACAUUCUGUCUCAAUUGCUUGGAGUCCUGGUCUGGAAGAUACAAGAGCUCGUUCAAGUGCCCCAAUUGUCGCCAAUCAGAGCGUUACACAGUAGAAUCGCUUCCCAGGGACUUCCAGUGCCGGCUGAUCAAAGAACUCGUGGAAAAACAUAAUAGCCUUGUCACAACUCCAACUGGCGACAAGGAGAGCAAUGAGACAGAUGAGCAACACACGAACAGUGAUUUGGUGUACAAAAAAGAGUUCGACAUGUUGCUUGCAGAAUGCAAAAUGUGCUGGGAGAAACAAAUGGUUGAGAGGGUUCAAAUGAAACAAGAAGUCCACGCAGACUUCGACGCCCAUGUCAAGACCCUGGAACGACUCAUUAGAAUAUGGCAGAUAAGAAUCAAGCAAGCAAUUGAUGACCACUUUCAAAGCCAGGAAUUCGCACCUCAUUUGGACCUUUUGAACAAAUUGAAGCAAAUAGAGACUACAAUGAAAUCAACGAGAGCCGACAAAACAGCCCUAAGCACUGCUCAAUUUGACCUUGAAGGAGUUCGACUAGCAUUAACACGUUCCGAAGAGGCAAACAAAUUGCAAAAACCAUUUGUAUUAAACACUUUGGACCCGACUACAUCAUUCGAACAUUUGGACCGGCUUAGCGGAGUAACGGUUGUUGCUUCAAAAGGAGAACUGGAAAUAAACGAUAUUCAAGAUAACUUGCAAGUAGUUGGCACAUUUGCUAUACAAGCGGAUUCCUGUCAGAUAUCAGAUGCUCGACUUGUGGACGGCAUUUUGUAUGUAUCGGACCUUCGAAAUAGUGCGAUCUAUUCUAUCAACGCGUGGACAGGCACAAUGAUUCAGUCUACAAGUCAAUUUUCUUUUCAGCAUAGCAUUCUCUUUCCUCAGUCGUUAACUGUGUCGAAAGCAGGCUAUUUGGUAGUUGAAGAAACAACUUGCACAAAACAGUUAUUCAGUGAGUUUAACAGCAACGCUUCUUCAAAAAAGGCUAUUCGAUCUUCCGUCGAUCUGAUUGAUCCCCGAGAUAUCAGGCAUCUCGUACAAGAGAGAGGCAACUUAAACACGUUAAAGAGCAAACUUGAACUCUUAUGGAAAGAGUCAGACUACGAACAAAAAGCCAUCAAUUUGACAGAUACCAGACGCCUUUUGUUUCAGAAUUUUAAAGCCAAAUGGAUUCAACAAACUGACAACUAUGUGUUAGCUACCGGAUAUCACACAAACAUGGUCAUUUACAUCGGCGAUAAACAGGAUUAUUGGUACAAAGGACUGAACGAAAAUUGCGGCCCGAAGUCUGCUAUGGUUGGCGGUAGCGAGAUGAUCUACAUCUGUUGCACUGACGCAAACCAUAUUCACAAACUGACGAGAAGAGGCACAGUCACUGGAACUGUAUCACUUGAAUAUACUAAAAUUUCCAGGCCAAUAUCAAUUUCUUACCGAGAUUCAAAUCAUUUAUUAAUAGUCGAUAAAAUUGGCAGAAUAUAUACCUUGAAAUUCUAAUGUUCAGAAUAAUCUUUUCAGAAAAAAAUCUAA